AUGGCAAUCCUUCUACUGCGAAUCUCAGAUAAGCUUGAUGAGGAUAAAUGGGAUCAUGUAAUCUUUUUCACCAGGGACUGCGAUGAACUUUACCAGUUGGGACACAGGAAAAAUGGUGUUUAUGUGAUUCGUCCAGAUGGCUCCCCCUAUCUGGUGGUUCAAUGCCACAUGUAUGAUUGUGGGGGAUGGACGGUCAUUCAGAGAAACAGAUAUGACACUUUAAUUACAUGGAGUGAAUCUUACACAGCCUAUGAAUAUGGCUUUGGGAACAUUGAACAAGAUCACUAUCUUGGUAACCAUUAUAUUCAUUUACUGACUGCUCAGAAGUGGAAUAAAGUCAGGUUCCUCCUAGUUGAUCCCCAAAACAAGACCAGACACGCGGACUAUGACAGCUUCCAUUUGACAAAUGCUACUGACAACUACCGGGUGAGGCUCGGGAUAUAUGAUGGAGAUGCUGGUGACUCCUUGUCUUCAGGUGCCCUGAAAAAUCUACAUGAUAAUAUGAGGUUCUCCACCUAUGAUAAGGACAAUGAUCGGCUGUAUAAUAAAAAUUGUGCUGAUGAACAUGGAGGUGGCUGGUGGUACGAUUCCUGCUAUGAUGCCCAACUCAACAAGAAGGAUGGACUCCACUGGAAAACGCUUUGUGACCAUAACUGCAGGAGCUCGCUCAUUUUAAUAAAACCCAUUCGCAUGUAUUGUAACAGGGUGUAAACUGCCUCUAGCUGUGCCGGCUAUCUACAGUAUAACAUACAUGCCAAUAAAUUCUCCAUGCUCGGCUUGCAACUCAGCAGUAAAUUCUCUCCUUUAAUUAACAUUUCCUAGCAGCCAAUGGCGGGGAAAAUCUUCAGAUCCUCCAGUGCAUUACCCUGGUUACAGCUUGCUACGGCUGCACUAGAUGUUCACCAAUUACAAGUGUAUU